GCAUUCGAUAAGUUUUAACGCUCAUAAAAAUAAACACUAAUUCCAAUAGUUUUUAGUUUGUGUAUCAAAUAUGGAUUCAAAUCAUCGACGAAAUUACUUCGUUGACUUUUUGGCAAUGAGUUUUGGUAUUGCUGCAUGGGCUGGAGUAACCGGAACAUUUUUACAAUUGCCGCAAAUUACCCAAACGGCACCAGAAGGAGAGAAUCUCCCAGCGUAUAUUGCAAUUUUAACACAAAGUGGAAAUAUUGUAUCGUUGUUAUAUAUAAUCUACGAAAAAUGGUCACCGGUACGGUUUGACGACGCCAAUCUAAUUUAUCUGACGCUGAGUAUCGGUUGUUUUGCCGCAUUAUUUAUGGCAUUUUUCUACGAUACGACAAUAUAUGUUGGUGGCAUUUAUCGAAGUAUACCAUUGCUAGUAUGCACAUUUAUGUUUGCAAUUGUUGGAUGCCUAAGUUCGGUCUUGUUUAUGCCAUUCAUGGGACGUUUUCGUGGCAUAUAUUUGGUCACAUAUAUGUUUGGACAGGGUUUAAAUGGUUUGUUAACCAGUGUUUUAUCAUUAAUUCAAGGUAUUGGCACGCCAAAAUGUGUGACAAAUACAAUAACGAAUAUCACUGCCGUACACUAUACCGAAUCACAUUUUGACUCAAAAAUUUAUUUUCUUCUUAUAUUUGCUCUGUUAUUGUUCAGUUCAUUUGCAUUUUUUCUAUUGAACACAAUGGAAACAUGUAAAAGUGAAUACGCAUCGAUUGAGACAAAUCAAAAAGAAAUCGAAACGAAUACAGUCAAUGGUAAAGCAAAUGAUUAUCAAGCAAUUCCAACGAAUACAUUUUCAUUAACAUCAGUGAAUUUCUAUUAUUUGAUGAUUACACUCAGUGUAAUAUCAUUUUUAACGUAUGGCUUCUUCCCGGGAAUCAUGGCAUAUUCGUGUGAUCCAUAUGGCUUUUCAGCAUAUCAUCUAGCAUCUACAUUGUUAUCGAUUGCCAACCCAGUGGCAUGUUUGUUCAGCUUAUAUAUUUCACGUCCGAGUGUACGAGAUGUUAUCGUUUUGUCAACGUUAACGACCGUAUGCAUCGUUUAUAUUUUUAUAACAGCCUUGCAAGGUCCCACACCACCAUUUCAUACAUUGGCAUUUGGAAGCUAUUUAAUUAUUACCGUAUGGACAUCUUUUACAGCCUUUGGCGCAUUAAUCAAAUUAACAAUUCUGCAGCUGUUUCGGUGUCAUGGUCACAAGACACUCAAAUGGGCCGGUGCUGUAAUACAAUCGAGCUCAUUCAUCGGAGCAAUCAUUGUAUUUUUUCUGGUUAAUCAAACAAAAUUAUUUACCAAAUCAAAUCCGUGUCAAAAUUAACGUGCUUAUUAAAAACCAUCGGUUCAUC